AAUGGGGGAAAAUGUAAAUUGAAAAAAUAGAAAUGGAUAUCCAAAAAUCCCCUCCUCAAAUUCACUCAAUCUUAGUCUUCCCCUCCCCUCUCCUCCCCUCCCCUUCUCUUUCUCAUUCCCUCUCCUUCUCCCUCCUUCGCCUUCGGAACCCUUUAUUUUCCAGAAGCUUGAAAUACCAUUUCUCUCUUUUGGUAUUUCAAAUCCCCCCCUCCCCCCCAAAAAAAAAAACCCUAAUUUUCUCUACAAUCCUAAACCAAAUCUCUUUCUUUCUUUUCCGGAUAAAUAAUCAGAAUCGAUGUGAAUUGGAGCGGUUGGAAUUUUCCUUGUAUAGAAUUACUCCUCAUCUGGUGCUUCAGAUUAUAAUAAACUGGAUUUAAUGGAGGCUAACGUUUGUGACAUUAAUCACUUAGAUGCCGAUGUUCUUUUGCCUCCUAGGAAGCGCCUGUUAGCAGGUUUUAAGAAACAGGUUUCGAAUGCUAAUGGUACUUCAGAUCAGCCAUCAGCUGCUUCUUCCACUUCAUCUCCUCCGUCGCCUUCACCAUCAUCUGCUACUUCAUCAACCGAUUUUAAUAUUCAUCUUAAUAAUCUAUUGAGUUCCCAUGUCAAUGACCCAAACCUUUCUCCUGAGAAGAUUUUUGAGGCCUCGAGAGCUGCAUCAAUAGCUGCUGCUAAGGCUGCAGAGGCUGCCAGAGCUGCAGCAGAGGAGAAGGCUGCAAUUGCAGCUAAAGCCAUCGCUGCAGCUAAGAGUGCAUUGGACUUGGUAGCAACAUUUUCUGAAGAUGCUGGUAGUAAGGAUAGAUACCUAAAAAGGAAUAAGCUCAAGAAGCAUGUCCCUGUUCAAGCCUUGUACAAAAAAGACCAACAACCAAUUGAGAAUUCUAGGGUAGAUGAAGAUCUAGUCAGUAGAUUGAACCGGGCAAUCAAUAGUUCUCCAAGAAUCUCAAAGGAUUCACUAAAAUCUGAAUGGAGAGGUCAUCAACAGAAAAGGCCUAAGAGCUUGCCAACCUUUGAUAACACAAAGGUUUCCAAUGGGGGUAUCAUGUUGGGAGGAAGCCCAUCUUCUACCUGCAAUGGAGCGAUGAUAGCAGUUGAAAUUGAUUCCGAUGACUUGGUUGAGGAGCAUGUUAAAGUGGAGGCAAAGGUAGCCAAUUACAAAAAAUCCAGACCGUCAAUGUUGGAUAAUGGUGAAGCAGAAUCAGGUUAUCUGAAGGAAAAAGCCAACGAAGAUGCGUAUUCCUUUGGUAAAAAGAGAGGAAGAGUGAAGCUAAAGAAGUUGCCCUUGAGCAUUUGUUCCUAUAGGGAUCGAGUGAAUCUUAAGGAAGAGAUGAUUACUAAGAACAUGGGCAAUUCGACUGCUGUUGUUAAGCCUGUGUUUUUCUCUGGAACCCUCUGCUGAUGGUUUUCAAGGCCCCUGCAUGUAUCGAACAAAAGUAUAUCAUGCAAUCAUAAAUUUGAGUUAUGUUCAUAUAGCAGGUGGCUUCAAUUGUUAGAGACAAUAGCUGAGGUAGGAUUCACAGUUGUCUUUUUAUAGAAAUGGAGUUCACACUCCGUUUUAUCUUUUUUGCUCAUCUCCGGUUUUGUAGUUGAAUUUGACAGAAUGUACAUUUGAAUGUUCAAAUUGCUUGCCUCUAACAGAAUAACAGCAAUAAUUGAAGUUGAGGUAAA